GUGACCCGGGUGGGAAAGCCCUCCGCGUCCGCCAUUUUGGCUGCCUCUGUCCGUCUGUUCAGUUACCACGUGAACCGCCGACGGAGACUCGUGGGGGGGGGGGAGGCGGCGGCAGCGUUAAGUGAGAAAGGAAAAAAGACAACGAGAAGGAGGGGGUGUCCGGGAAGGGCGACGCGGCGACACCCGAGACCUACUGGUGGCGACGGAUCGCUGUAUUCAAGGCUGAAGCAGGCAAGGAACGGCAACGGCGGCGGUCGGACAAACAGACUAACCGAGCCGGGUAGUGGCGGGAGCAGCGGGAGGAGCCGGAACGAUGCCGGCCGUGAGCCUCCCGCCCAAGGAGAACGCGCUCUUCAAGCGGAUCUUGAGAUGUUAUGAACAUAAACAGUAUAGAAAUGGAUUGAAAUUUUGUAAACAAAUCCUUUCAAAUCCCAAAUUUGCUGAGCAUGGUGAAACCCUGGCUAUGAAAGGAUUAACACUGAACUGUUUGGGAAAAAAGGAAGAAGCUUAUGAAUUGGUUCGUAGAGGUUUGAGAAAUGACUUGAAGAGUCAUGUGUGUUGGCAUGUUUAUGGCCUUCUUCAGAGGUCAGACAAGAAGUAUGAUGAAGCCAUUAAGUGUUACAGAAAUGCACUAAAAUGGGAUAAAGACAAUCUUCAAAUCUUAAGGGACCUUUCCUUACUACAGAUUCAAAUGCGAGAUCUUGAGGGUUACAGGGAAACGAGGUAUCAGUUACUUCAGCUUCGACCUGCACAGAGAGCAUCAUGGAUAGGUUAUGCUAUUGCUUACCAUUUACUAGAAGAUUAUGAAAUGGCAGCAAAGAUUUUAGAAGAAUUUAGGAAAACACAACAGACAUCCCCUGAUAAGGUGGAUUAUGAAUAUAGUGAACUACUUUUGUAUCAGAAUCAAGUCCUUCGGGAAGCAGGUCUUUAUAGAGAAGCCUUGGAGCAUCUUUGUACCUAUGAAAAGCAGAUUUGUGAUAAACUUGCUGUAGAGGAAACCAAAGGGGAACUUCUGUUGCAACUGUGUCGCUUGGAAGAUGCUGCGGAUGUUUAUAGAGGAUUACAAGAGAGAAAUCCUGAAAACUGGGCCUAUUACAAAGGCUUAGAAAAAGCACUCAAGCCAGCUAAUAUGUUAGAACGGCUAAAAAUUUAUGAGGAAGCCUGGACUAAAUAUCCCAGGGGAUUGGUGCCAAGAAGGUUGCCAUUAAACUUUUUAUCUGGUGACAAGUUUAAAGAAUGUUUGGAUAAGUUCCUAAGGAUGAAUUUCAGCAAGGGCUGCCCACCAGUCUUCAAUACUUUGAGGUCAUUAUAUAAAGAUAAAGAAAAGGUGGCAAUCAUAGAAGAAUUAGUAGUAGGUUAUGAAACCUCUCUAAAAAGCUGCCGGUUAUUUAACCCCAAUGAUGAUGGAAAGGAGGAACCACCGACCACAUUACUUUGGGUCCAGUACUAUUUGGCACAACAUUAUGACAAAAUUGGCCAGCCAUCUAUUGCUCUGGAAUACAUAAAUACUGCUAUUGAAAGUACACCUACAUUGAUAGAACUCUUUCUUGUGAAAGCUAAAAUCUAUAAGGAAGGAACUUCAGCAGUAGAGAAUUUGAAUGAAAUGCAGUGCAUGUGGUUCCAGACAGAAUGUGCCCAGGCUUAUAGAGCAAUGAAUAAAUUUGGUGAAGCACUGAAAAAAUGUCAUGAGAUUGAGAGACAUUUUAUAGAAAUCACUGACGACCAGUUUGACUUUCAUACAUACUGUAUGAGGAAGAUUACUCUUAGAUCAUAUGUGGACUUAUUAAAACUAGAAGAUGUACUUCGACAACAUCCAUUUUACUUCAAGGCAGCAAGAAUUGCUAUAGAGAUCUAUUUGAAACUUCAUGAUAACCCCCUUACAGAUGAGAAUAAAGAACAUGAAGCUGAUACAGCAAACAUGUCUGAUAAAGAGCUAAAGAAGCUACGUAAUAAACAAAGAAGAGCACAAAAGAAGGCCCAGAUAGAAGAGGAGAAAAAAAAUGCAGAAAAAGAAAAACAGCAGAGAAAUCAGAAAAAGAAGAAGGACGAUGAUGAUGAGGAAAUUGGAGGUCCAAAAGAAGAACUUAUCCCUGAGAAACUGGCCAAGGUUGAAACUCCAUUGGAAGAAGCUAUUAAAUUUUUAACACCGUUGAAGAACUUGGUGAAGAACAAGAUAGAAACUCAUCUUUUUGCCUUUGAGAUUUACUUUAGGAAAGAAAAGUUUCUUUUGAUGCUACAAUCAGUAAAGAGGGCAUUUGCUAUUGAUUCUAGUCAUCCCUGGCUUCAUGAGUGUAUGAUUCGACUCUUUAGUACUGCAGUGUGUGAAAGUAAAGAUUUACCUGAUACAGUUAGAACAGUAUUAAAACAAGAAAUGAAUCGUCUUUUUGGAGCAACAAAUCCAAAGAAUUUUAAUGAAACUUUUCUGAAAAGGAAUUCUGAUUCAUUGCCACACAGAUUAUCAGCUGCCAAAAUGGUAUAUUAUUUAGAUCCUUCUAGUCAGAAGCGAGCUAUAGAAUUGGCAACAACACUUGAUGAAUCUCUCACUAACAGAAACCUCCAGACAUGUAUGGAGGUAUUGGAAGCCUUGUGUGAUGGUAGCCUAGGAGACUGUAAAGAAGCUGCUGACAUUUAUAGAGCAAAUUGUCAUAAGCUUUUCCCUUAUGCUUUGGCUUUCUUGCCUCCUGGAUAUGAAGAGGAUAUGAAGAUCACAGUUAAUGGAGAUAGUUCUGCAGAAACUGAAGAAUUGGCCAAUGAAAUUUGAACAUCAUUAAACAAGCAAAUGGAAUGACUUUGGACCAUAUCUAGUGUAUAAUAUUUUUGUCACGCACCUGCUGCAUUGCUCUAACUUACACAGAAUGAGAGGAGUAAAUGUUCUUGCCUUCAAAUAGUGUUUUACGUUUUUUAUCCUGCUGAAAAAGUAUAUAUAAAAUAUCUAACAUAACAGGAUAUAGGUUCAGUUUCUUAAAAAAAUUAAAGCUGCUAAAAUUGAGAGGUUAAAAAAAAGAUACCUUAUCCUAUUCCCACCCACCCACCCAUGUUUUUAAACUAAUUUAUAUAAAAUCUGGAGGUUGUUACAGCUAACAAAGCAGGUGUGUGGCAGAAAUAUUACUUUAAAUUUGUCUUGUGAGAUUUUACUAUAUCUCAGACAGCCUAAAUGCUGUUUUAGCACUGGAUUCUUUCACUGAGCACAAAGAGUUGUUGGGGCUUUAGCAUCUGACUGAUUUUGUUAUGGAGUUGAUUCUGACCAUAGUAAGUAUGCAGUGUGAAUCACUAUUUACAGAGAAAUCUACAACAGAUGCUUGAUGUUGUAGAAACUGGGACAUAAUAGAUACCAAGCAAAAUUAUAAGGAACCUAGAAGGUGUUAAAUACGCUUGUUGUGUUUCCAAAAUUCACUGUAUAUGAUCAGUUUGGUGUUCUUGUACCACAGUUUUUAACUGAAGGAACCAGUUGAAACAGUCUCAAUUUUAACUAAAACUUGAAGAACUAAAACAGCAAUGCAAACCUUUCAGCAUUGUUUUGGCCAAACUUGUUAAAACUGUAAUGCAAGAACCAAAUGCACUGUGAUGUGGCAACAACUAAUUAGCAAGCAUGAAUUUUUCACCCAAGAGUGAAAAUAAAGGAAAUCUACCAUGGCUUGAAGUUAAAGAGCAGAACUCCUGACUACCAUUCUAUGACUGAUCAAAAGACUAAUAGUUAAAACCUCAGCAGGCCUUGUUCACGAUAUGCAGAAAAAAAGUGCUGCAGUUUAGAUACCUCUGGAAUUUUUCCACAGUGUCACAGGUUUGUAAUACUUGAAGCCCUACAUUUCUAAGAAUAUAUUUCUUGCUCAGUUGUUUCAGGCAAGCCCAAGACUUUGUAAUUUUUAAAGGGCCCAACCUUUUUUUUUCCAAAUAACAGACCAGCUUCUUUUUCCUGCAGUUACAGAUGUAAUUUCCUUUUUGUUGUCAAACAUAAGGUACCAAAUAUGAUGCAAUAAAUUGUUUUGAAAAACAGUUGUGUGAAUAUUUCAACCAGUCUGUUUUGGGCUUCUGUGAAAAUAUACAAGUGGAAACAGAGGUGAAAGCCAGAGUCAGUGUAAUGUGUUGUAAGGCCAGUGCAGAUGGGAGCUUUUUAGAAGGGAAAUUUCAUAAUGAAGUAGAGUGCUGCUCCUGCAUUAAGAUUUCAUUGAGGACUAGAUUGGUGGCAGGUACUACGAAAUGUAAUUCAUAAUUUGAAAGGAAAACUAGAACUAUUUUGAUUGGGAAAAUGAGCCUUAACAUGUUAGACCAGUACACUGAGAACUGGCCUCAGGCUGAACAAUCUCAUUGCAUUUGUAAGAUCUGAGUAAAUAAGAUUAAGUACAAAGAAUCAGUUGUAUAUAUGAUUGACCUUUUUGUGGCACUUUUAGUUUAUAGAAAGUAUUAUCUAAAGGGAAUUUUCAGAAGGCCCCAUCCUUUCAUGGAUUGAACAGCUGUGCUAAAAUCAGCCUUUCAUCGUACAUGCCCUGCAUUCCACAGCCUGGGCUAACAGUUGAGUGAUAUGAAGAAGAGUUCAAACUGAACUUCAGUGCUUUGUUAUGUUUUAUUAACCGGCCUGUCUCAGGAACAUCUUAACAGAUGGCGCAAAAAAAAAAAAAAACCUUUCCAACCUCUCCUAUGAGUGGCAACUGAAGUUCUUAUUGUUGGGAAAGAACACUAGUGCUACCUCUGCCACUAAUGAGGUGUUUGGAGGAGGCACCAGCCAUAUAACAGGGGGUGUAUGUGUGACUUUUGUUUAAACUCUACUGUAUAUUGAAAUGGAUUCAUCUGUUUGUUUUGACAAUGUUCAAAUGAUGUAGAUUGUCUUAGAGUGAAUAUUCAUAAGUACUCAGAACUCUUAAUGCCACCCGUGAGGAGCUAAAUUCCUAACAUGUAUAUUGUAUUCCAUCCCAAUUUUACUGGAACUAUUGAAUAAAUCUUUUAUUUUCUUUCAGGUUUACUUGAUAGUGAAUACAUUGUCUGGUGUCAAAGGACCUUAACUGGGUUCAUUUUAAGUCCAGACAGCACCCUUAAAAUAUGUACUGUGUUAUCUUACUCUGAGUAGUAUCAACUGGAUCAUCUCACAUUUGCCUCAUUCAUUCUAUUAAUUUCAAAUGAUACUGUGGGGGGAGACAGGGUUAGAAAAACAAGUGGAAAAGAAAUGCAGUGAUAUUGUAAUCUAAACAAGUGCCUUAUGUUUAUUGCUAAGAACUGGUGUUAUCAACCCUUUUGAUAAGAAAGGGUCCUUUGACCUGUAUUAGCAUAGGAAAGUAAAUUUUUUUUUAUUUUUAUUU